GGGUCAGGUCAGUGAACGUCUCUUUGGCGUUGGCUGUUCAGUCAACACUCGUUGCUGUGUAGGAACAACCAUGGCGGAGCCGGAGUCCCUGAGGUGCUCCAGUGUCAGAAACCGUGGAGGUGUCCAGAGGGUCGAAGGAAAACUACGAGCCAGCGUAGAAAAAGGAGAUUACUAUGAAGCUCAUCAAAUGUAUAGAACUUUAUUUUUUAGGUAUAUGUCACAGGGAAAACAUGCUGAGGCCAGGGAACUGAUGUACAAUGGUGCUGUGCUCUUUUUCAGCUAUAACCAGCAAAACAGUGCAGCAGAUCUUUCCAUGCUGGUGUUGGAGGUUUUGGAAAAGUCUGAUACUAAAGUUGAGGAUGAAAUAUUAGAAAGUCUGGCCAAGCUCUUCAGCUUGAUGGACCAGAACUCUCCAGAGAGAGUGGCUUUUGUAUCCAGAGCUUUGAAAUGGUCCACUGGAGGAUCUGGCAAGUUAGGCCACCCAAAACUUCACCAGUUGCUGGCUGUCAUCUUAUGGAAAGAGCAAAACUACAGUGAGUCUCGUUACCAUUUCCUACAUUCAUCUGAUGGAGAGGGCUGUGCUCAGAUGCUGGUGGAGUAUUCGUCGUCUCGAGGUUACUGCAGUGAGGUAGACAUGUUUGUGGCACAGGCCGUCCUACAGUUCCUGUGCCUAAAGAACAAAAACAGUGCUUCCAUAGUGUUUGCCACAUACACAGAAAAACACCCGUCCAUAGAGAAGGGCCCCCCCUUCGUCCAGCCUCUACUAAACUUUAUUUGGUUUCUGCUGCUGGCAGUGGAUGGGGGUAAGCUAACAGUUUUCACAGUGUUAUGUGAGCAAUAUCAGCCUUCCCUGAAAAGGGAUCCUAUGUAUAAUGAGUAUCUCGACAGAAUAGGACAGCUUUUCUUUGGCGUUCCACCCAAACAGUCUCCAUCAUAUGGUGGUCUGCUAGGGAAUUUGCUGAACAGCCUGAUGGGCUCUGGUGAGGAGGAGGAUGGUGCUGAGGAGGUCCAGGAGGACAGCAGCCCCAUAGAACUGGACUGAGCCUGCAGAACACAACAAGAACAAACCCACAUGGAGGAAGACCACCCUGCCUCCCUCCUCCCCCUCAGUAACUGGGGUCGGGGCACGGCGCUGCUCCUCGUUCCAGAGUUGGGCUGUUUGACAAGUCCAGUUCAGUAAAACAGACAAGCAUCAUUCCUCCCAACACCCCCCCCCCCCCAAAAAAAA